AACAGUUCCUCACAACCUGUGUGGGACCAGCGCAUCUUGGGGUGCGUGACAAUGGAAGAGUUAGAUGCCUUAUUGGAGGAACUGGAACGCUCCACUCUCCAGGACAGUGAUGAAUCCUCCAGCUCAGCUCCUCUUUCCCUGGAUCAGCAUUCCAGAAAGGAGACUGACCUUGCUGAGACUUCGGGUGUCCCUUCUGUUCAGAAUGAUACAAGUCCCUUGCUGGUACAGCUCGUGUAUACGACCCAUAUCCAGGAGCCCAAUAUCUACAGUGAGGCCCAAGAGCCAAACAAAGCACGGCUGCCUCCUAAAACCUCAGCAGCUGCCCAGCUGGAUGAGCUUAUGGCCCAUCUGUGUGACAUGCAAACCCAGGUUGCAGCGAAAGCAGAUGCCAGCAAGAAGCACUUAGCAAACAAGCAGGAUCAGAAAGCCUCCCUGGACUCAAUGCUGGGGGGUUUGGAGCAGGACCUGCAGGACCUUGGAAUUGCCACAGUGCCCAAGGGCCACUGUGCUUCCUGUCAGAAGCCGAUUGCUGGCAAGGCGAUCCAUGCUCUGGGGCAAGCGUGGCACCCGGAGCACUUCGUCUGCGCUCACUGCAAAGAGGAGAUUGGCUGCAGCCCCUUCUUCGAGCGCAGUGGCUUGGCCUACUGCCCCAAGGACUACCACCACCUUUUCUCCCCGCGCUGUGCUUACUGCGCCGCUCCCAUCCUGGACAAAGUGCUGACGGCAAUGAACCAGACCUGGCAUCCGGAGCACUUCUUCUGCUCGCACUGCGGAGAGGUGUUCGGGGCGGAAGGCUUUCACGAGAAGGACAAGAAGCCGUACUGCCGGAAGGAUUUCUUAGCCAUGUUCUCACCCAAGUGUGGUGGCUGCAACCGCCCAGUGUUGGAAAACUACCUUUCAGCCAUGGACACCGUCUGGCACCCGGAAUGCUUUGUUUGUGGGGUCUGUAUACUCACUCACCUGUCGGAUUUAGGGAAAGUCGGGAGUCCUCCUCUCUGA